AAUGGGUCGACUGCAUAACCGAUCCAAUUUCAUAUUCGGACCGGCUAGACCACCGGUUCCCGGUCCAACCGGUCCGACCGGCCGGGUCGGUCCGGGUUUUAAAACACUGGUACAAACACUCUCGAAAGUAAAUAGGAAGAAAAAAAAAAGAGAAAGUGAUAGAUAUCCAAAUAUAUUAGAGUCAAUAAACACAUUUUGUAUUGAAACAAAUUUUAUAGCUUUCUGGAUUACUCCUAUAUCUGUCUCUCUAUAGACAAGUCACUUGUCAAAACAAAAUGUUGAGAAAUGCCAACCUGUUUUCCAUCUGUCUGAGAGAAAGUGAGACUCAACAAACAUUGCUCAGCCAAGGUAAAUAAAUUAAUAAAGAGCAUGCAACAGAAAAAUAAUGGAAGUAUAUAUAUAUAUAAUAAUCGAGUAAAUCUUUGUGUCUACACUUUGUUCUUUUUGUGACACGUUGCACCAAUCUUGUUCAAUAAGAGUAAUAUUUACAAGGGUCAAGGGAGUGUGAUUCGCCAACCCAAAACUCUGCUAGUGCUUUGCCCUAUUGUGGAUAUCUAUCUAUAUUCUCUUUUGCAUAACCAUGAAGACAAGAAGAAUGUGCUACAUUAUUCUAAUGGCUUCAGUUCUACUCUCUUGUUUGGUUUGCGUGAAAACCAAGCCUUUGUUUCUCAUUGAUCCUUCCACUCAACAAGCACAUUUGAAACACACUGCUAAAGUAGCUGAUGAGACAACCAUAAUGCAAGAUGUCUCGAGACAUGCCUUUGACCCUGCACAGGUUAAUGAGAGAAAGAGAAUAUUGAAAGCAAAGGCUAAUGGGUACAAAGAUUCAUUCAGAGGACUGAGUAGACUAGGAUCAACACCACCAAGGUGUGAGCACAAAUGUGGAGGCUGCAUUCCCUGCGACCCCAUUCAAAUUCCUACCAACAAUGAUCUUCUUGGGGCUCAGUACGCCAAUUACGAGCCCGAAGGAUGGAAAUGCAAAUGUGGCAAUUCUUACUUCAACCCAUAAUUAUACGUUUGUGUGUAAAAUUCUACCUAGCCAUGGUGUUUAUAGCCUUGAAAUUUGGAUGCUUGGUUACAACCUGAGAAAGUUUUGGGUUAAUACAUGCUGUUUAUCCAGAGUUUAGGAUUUGUACAUGCUACUUUAAUCUUUAUCGUUAGAAUCACUUUGGUGAU